GUGCAGUAGGAUAUCUGACGUCACAAAAGCCAGGCCCGGGAGCCUGGUGGGUUGGCGUGGGUGGCACGGAGUUGGGGGCCGCUCGGGGCCAUGGGCUGCUGCCAAGACAAGGACUUCCAGACGGAUGAGCCGGCCUCGGAGGAAGUCGAAGGCUCUGAAGAGGUCCACAUGGGCCCGCCCGACCACCGGAAUCAGAGGUCGAAUGAAAGCCUCCUGAUCACUGUGCUGUGGCGGCGGCUAUCCCUGUUCAGCCGUCGGGGCUCAAGCAAGAGACAAUCCGCCCAGAGUCAAAAGCAGGGAUUGCAGGAGAGCAACCAGGAGGGGAUCCUGGAGGAGCCGGAGAAGGGGUGACCCCAGCCCUGCUCUCAGUCUGCCCCAGCCUCCAGAGAAUAAAGUUUCUAACGUGUACCUGCCCAGUA